AUGGCCAUGGAAAGUAGCGUCAGCAUCAAAAUCACGAGUUUCGAAGUCCAAAUGGAACUUGCAGAAGCAGCAAAAAGCGAUGAUGACCUGAGUGUCAUGCAGUCUACGAAAUCUCCAGACCAUGGACCUUACAUCGGAUCUUCAAUCGACGGGCUCCGGCUAGAGGCAAUCUUAGAGCCUGACCUUUCGAGCGAGGAGCCAUAAUACGAGGUCGAGUGAGUUCCCAAUUUCUUCCUUGUAGGUAUAAAACCCGAAACAUAGGUCCUGCUGCUGACCGAGGUUUCACCGAAGUGUCGUUCACGUUUUUGGGGCCGCAGGGCAACAAGAUGUCAUUAGUCUGUCCGCAUUGACAGAUUCCUUGCCCGCUGAUGCUCGAAAGCGGGAGUUCCGGUUCGAAGUUGAUGUGUCUGCCUUGUUGUAUGAAGAUGCUAAAUUCAUUACACAUUAUAUUGAUGCCAAGGCUCGUCAACUACUCAGCGGUUUGAGGCAUUUUUGUCGAUUUGGCGACAGAGUAAGUAGUAAGACAUCUAUUCUCAUAGAAGUUGUCCGUUAACUUGAGAAAAUUGAAGGCGGUACGAAGGGCCAUAAUAGCUACGGCAUAUGACCUCGGCGCCGUGGUUUUGAAGCAGGUCGGCAUAGGCUUCUGAAAUUCCUAGAACAUCGAAAUAUUGACAACUCUUCCACAGGCUAUAUCAACUGCUUCCAAAGAUGAAUAUGAGUAUGCUGAGAUCUUCACGAGUAUCGCGCGAAUUGUAAGCCCUAGAGUGGAUCAACAGCUCAUCUUCACACCAAAAAUCAACCCCGGUAUUAACACUCUUUUAGGUACUGGUCGGUUGUUUUCAACGUGGAGAUGAGCAUCAGCUAGGAAUGAUACAUCUGAGUUUCCUCAACGAUACUGGCAAAGAUGCAGAGUGGAGAACGCUCAUCACACUUGUGUCAGUGCAGACCCUCGUUUCUGCGACGAGACUCGCAAACACAGCGUUCCUGGACUCUAAGAUCUCGCUGAGAAGCAGAAUAUUUAGCUUGUAUGCCGGUGCUUCCUGGAGGACGCAUACAUUCGGUAAGUUGGCGUUUAAUUUUCGGAACAUUGUCCAAGAGAGACCACCCGAUAUUGACACCUUUUAACAGUCAUUAGACUACGCCACUGCCACCAUAGGUCUCUCUACCGAAUUGGCAAUGCAGGAACAAGACCACAAAUCUGGACCGAAUGACUCAUUUCCUCUGCUUGCGAAAAACAUAGGCAGUUCUAUCAAUAGUAAGUGCCUAGCGCCUUAGCACCUUGAUACUGUCCAAGUGAGACGAGUUGAGUUGCUGAUAAGGCUUGAAGGCUGCAGGAUUGCCGAUCUACCAGCAAUAGCCUUGGAGCAGACAAUCCUGUCUCUUGUCCCACCAAACGUUCAAAUGCGGUCCACGGUACCUCUGCCAGACCAUCCUGUGCUAUCUUCAACUGCUUAUCAGUCCUGGAGCAACCUGAACGGGAUCCAAAUAUUGUAUCUUGAUGGGCCCGAUAUUGAGGCUGUUACGGUGGCUGCGGAGCAGAUCGGCAUGGACUGGGCAAGAAGACAGCAGGAAAGUGGUUCCUACUACCGUCCCUUUUUCCAGUUCCGAUUCGACGCGACUGAUUCCACAAGCAACUCCAUGGCGUCCGCGGUUGCUGCGUCCGUGCUGCAUUUUCUCAGGGAGGCCGCGCUCCAUAGUAGUGUGUACCACAAUAUACUGCAAGAUCAGUACAAGCUACAAAAUGCAUGGACAGAUGAUGACCUGCUCAACCUUGGGUUGUGUACUCGUCCCGGAAAUGAUUGGUACUACUCCACAUGUGUUUCAUGGAAUUGAUGAGUGCAACAUACGCAGCCGGAAGAAGUUUUGGGCCAGGCUGGGAGAGGUUACCAGUAAGUACGAAGGUCCGGUAAAGAUCGUCGUUACGGCAAACAAUUCCGAGAUCUAUACGUCUGAAACCUUUCGUAAUGAGCUGAAGGGCUGGCCGGGAAUGGCGCUCCUCGUAUAUGAGGCUUCCCAUGUUGUGGAGGUGGAGGUUGAAUCGGAGAACGAUAUGCAGAAUGCACUGAUUGCGCACUUGUGUCCAAUACAACUGGGCGAGGAAAGAAUACGUAGGACUCUGAAACGUCUGGAAUCGAUGGACCGCAAAACAAUGGCCAGCGUUCUGCACGUUGCCGAAACGUACUCGAGAUGGCCCAUACAGAAGUCACAUGACAACUUCUCGCUCUUCCUUGAGAUCUUUGAGAAUAUGACACCCUCAUCAACACCACGAGAGGUUGUUUGGGGAAUUUUACGGUCUAUUCGGGAGCAAGAAUGGCUUGCAUGUGUGCUGAUGUGGAUGACACAUGGACAGCGACCAUUGACCGAGAUGGAGCUCGCGAGCAUAGUGUCAUUCCAAAUAAAGGGCAAGGUGGAAGUAUGACUCCGCCAGACGAUCACGAUGUUCAGCAGUGCUUGGCGGAUAUUAGAAGUCGAAUACGAGGCUUGGAGUCCUUAAACAGAGGCAAAUUAUGCAUUCGCCCUGAUGUGCUCAAAUUAAUGACGGAUGAAGCCGAAGAAUGCUGGGUAAGAAUCAAAAACCAAGCUCCCAGACGCACUGCAGAGUUCCUGCUUGAGUAUCUCAAGCUUCCGUCAUCCCAAGAACGCCUCAAAGUUCUUCACGAAAACUACCAAAAACGUGUCCAGCGGUCAGGAAACUCGAUCACACCACCUAUGACCCCAGACGGGCGAAAAUCAUCUUUAUGCAGUACAUGCACUGCCCCAUCAUCUGUCUAAGAUCGAAACGACCGGGAGCAUCAAAGAGCAGAUGAAGGAUCUUUCCGGACCCUAUGUGCAGUGGGCGAAAGCGUAUUGGGCCAUGUCCAACCCUUUCUCUCGGCCACCAAAAGGACCACUUCGGUCUGCUUGGAGUACGUGGGAGACCAGUGAUGAAUUUGAGCUGCCGAAAUUGGAGACAGAGCAUCGUAUCGACGGGCCAGUUGAGAGUCUAAUCCAGGCCGUGAGGGAUAACGACGAGGCUGCGGCACUCAUUUCCGCCAACAAAAUUGUAUCGGACUUCUCGAGCGGCAAUGAAUCAACAGAAGAUGUCCUAAAAUUUUCUUCGUCGGUACUAUGGCGCGCGACGUGGCUCGGAAUGGACCGCUUGUUGUAUUUUAUGCUUCGACAAGGCCGCCAGCAGGACGACAGUUCCUCCUCUUGUUGUCCAUCAAUGCUAUAUUUGGCUUCAAUUUUAGGCAAUCUAAAGGUCGUCGACAUCCUGAUCAGCUAUAAAGUAGAUGUGAGGGCGAAGAACAACAUUGAGUACACGUCGAUCUUUGCUGCUUGUUUACACGGACAUUUUGAGGUCGUCAAAAUCCUACUCGAAGAAGACCCAGCCCUGCUGGAUUGGCGGCAGCCUGAGACACCCUUGUACGCUGCCACGUCUUCGGGCUUUUGGAAGUGUGCUGAGCUGCUGCUUGGAAAGGGAGCAGAUCCUAAUCGACCAAGAAAAGAUACUCCAGAAACAUCGGGAGAUGACCUUCCAGAUUACGACUGGACUCUUAUCAGCAUAUCGUGUUCAAACGGCUACGUAAAUACGGUACAAAAUUUAUUGGAAUACAAAGCCGAUCCCAACACGGCUGGGCCAUCUGGGAUAAAUACAUGUCUUUGGCUCGCAGCAAUGAAUUGCGGCAGUUUGGAAAUAAUGAAGCUGUUACUUGAGCAUGGCGCCGACCCCAACCAUGAGCUUUUGGAACCACCAAUACUGAGCGAAAUCAUAGAGAACGUCAAAAUAUCAGACAUGACGAAAAUCAAAAUGUUCGAUCUUCUAAUUGAGAACGAUCGUCCAGUGGACCUAGAAAGAAGAGACAAGUACGGUCUUACACCGUUGAUGGUGGUGGGCCAGGCUGGAAACCAGUCCGCUGUCCAAUGGCUACUCAAUCGGACAGCCUCGAUCAACACGCUGGACUUUGAAAACCAAAGCGUCUUGUUUCAUACGAUUUUGAACAAGAAGUGGAAUGUGGUCCACUACCUUCUAGCCCAUCACGAGCAACCACAGCUUGAUCUUCUAUCCAGUUCCGACCUGACACUGCUUGAGUUGACCAUGGAUCAUAUUGAUGAGCUCAAAGCACUUCUAGAUGCCGGAGCUGAUCCCAGCUUCCAGGACUCUUGCAAGCGCACCCUCCUUAACAAUGCAGUUGUAGCACAAAAAGAAGAAGUCGUCGGAUUGUUACUCGAGCCAGCGAGACAUAUCGACGUCCAUCGCCGCGACAAUGCAGGCUGGAGCCCUAUCAUGGAUGCAACAGGCUACAUUCCGAAUGCCCAGAUUGCAAGACUUCUACUAGACGCCGGUGCAAGGCUCUCGGAUACCACAGAAGGUGGAUAUAGUCCUCUCCAUCUUGCCGCCAGUCUAGGUCGGUCAGAUGUGUUGCAGGUCCUCCUUAAGCAGGUCCUCCUUAAUUUUCACCAGCCCGAUGACCUUGUGCGCUGUGGUAUAAAGGGUAGGACGGCCUUGCUGGCGGUUUCUGAUUUCACAAGAACAGAGGAUCUCGAAUGUAUCCGCCUACUUGUCCGCGCCGGUGCCGACAUUAAUGCUCGGGAUUCUAACGGAGAGACUGUUCUCAUUCGGUCCGCGCGGUUUGGCGCGAAUGCCACAGCUGUUCAUGAUUGGCUCCUCGCUCAGCCUAAGACCGAUAUCCAUCUCAAGGCGCGAGAAGGUACAGCUCUCCAUAUUGCAUGUGGAUAUGGUGAUAUUGUUCUAGUAAAAAAGUUGCUGCAGUACGGAGCCGACGCUAACGCCAACUGUAUUUCCUUCCGAAGUACGCCCCUAAUCGCAGCCUGCAUACCCUACAAUCUAGAUGGUUAUAGAAAUCUAUCACCUAAGAUGGAAAAUGCAGAGCGGAUAGUGCGGGCACUGAUCGCCAAUGGUGCCGACGCUGCUUUCACAUGCGGCAUCUCCAUUUUCAAUGCAGUGUGUGCCGCCCCUCUCUGUCCUGAGAUCGGAAUCAUUAACUUCCAGUUGGACAGGGCGAUCUCUAUACAAACGCCUGAUCCAUUGGGCCGCCUGCCGAUACACUUUGCAGCCGCGAAUAGUAUUCGAAAUUUUGAGACAGUGGCCUUGGCACACGGUGAAAAUAUCAUGAUUUGUGACAAAUUCAAUAAGACCGCGUUGCACUAGGCUGCGCAGAUGGGCAACGCAGAGAUCACUAAAGCGAUUCUGCAAAAGCUCUCACCCAAAGACAAGGAAACGUACGUCAACUUGAGAGACAGUGACGGCUGGACCCCGCUAGCUUGGGCUUCAAGGUUGUCGCAGAGACAUAGUGCGCCGUGUUGGACGAGAUUUGAACCUCAGAACUAUGAGGCUACUAUUCAGUGUUUGAUUGAAAAUGGCGCAGAUAUUUCAGUGCGCUUUUUUAUGGGUCGUGGCGAGAGCACGGAAGAGCUUACACCUCUGAAGAUGGCGAGGCGUUGUGAGGCCGACAAAGCCAUCAUCCAACUCCUCAGCGACGGGAAUGCGUUAGGCGAGGAGGCUAAAUAUGAGCCUGCAUAUAAGACCAGAUCAGGUUUUUGCGAUUUAUGCUUCGGUGUAAGAGUUUUAGACAUCAUUAGCACACUCAGAACCAAACCAACCUUCCCCACAUAAAAAGACAGCUAAGCUGACACCCUACGCUACUAGCUAAUCCGAGGUCACCGCUAUGACUGUGUGAAGUGUCACUGGCGAUACAUCACCUGUAGCAAGUGUUACUCGACAGCGACUGUGGAACAUCCACGUACAGCCACCUCUGAGGGCCCACACACUUUAGAUCUCGCGGAAGGUUGUGAGCAGGAAUUCGAGACUCCAUCGGAGCCAAUGGUCAAAGCUGAAGCGGUGGCAAAUAGCGACGUCGAUGAGGCGGAAGACAGUAGCGCUGAACUAACUAGAGAAAAUUCUAAGCUGGAUUCGGAUGAAAUUAAUUUUGAUGUAGAUUAUACAGAUAUAGAACAGUUGGAUUCGCCAGACCUGAAUGAUCUGGGCAGUUUAGAUGACCUUUGAGGUAGUGAUAAUCUAAGAGAUCUGCAAAUCUCUUGGUAUUUUGUUUUCUAAAGCAUUUCUAUAAUUAUCAAAAUUUAGUUAGAGAUAAAAUAUUCAAUACUGUCAACGGUCAAUGGAGCGUAAUCAAAACAUCGAUU